AACUUGUUUGACCCGCCUCUUUUAGCUCCUAGUUCCAACAACCAAUUGAAGCCUCAAAUACAAACUCGGGAGUGUUUCCAUUUCUAGUUUUGCUAAAAAUCUUAUCCUCAUUCACGUCCUUCUUCGAUCGGUCCUCCAAUGGCGAAGCCAAUCGUCGACACCGAGUACAUCAAAGAAAUCGAGAAAGCUCGUCGAGACCUCCGCGCUCUCAUCUCCAACAAAAACUGUGCUCCGAUCAUGCUUCGCUUAGCAUGGCACGAUGCAGGAACGUAUGAUGCUAAAUCAAAGACUGGUGGACCGAAUGGUUCUAUCAGAAAUGAGGAAGAGUUCACUCAUGGUGCUAACAAUGGCUUGAAAAUCGCUCUUGAUUUUUGCGAAGCAGUGAAGUCUAAACAUCCAAAGAUUACGUAUGCAGAUCUAUACCAGCUUGCAGGUGUUGUUGCAGUCGAAGUCACUGGUGGUCCGACUAUUGAUUUUGUCCCUGGUAGGAAGGAUUCCAGUGUUUCACCAAAGGAAGGGCGGUUACCAGAUGCUAAACAAGGUGUGCCACAUCUUAAAGAUGUAUUUUAUAGGAUGGGUUUGUCUGACAAAGAUAUAGUGGCGCUAUCAGGGGGUCAUACACUGGGAAGAGCACAUCCAGAAAGAUCAGGCUUUGAUGGUCCAUGGACAAAGGAGCCACUGAAAUUUGACAAUUCAUAUUUUGUGGAGCUGCUUAAGGGGGAAAGUGAGGGCCUACUGAAACUUCCCACAGACAUUGCUUUAUUGGAUGAUCCUGAGUUCAGACACUAUGUUGAGCUGUAUGCUAAGGAUGAAGAUGCCUUCUUUAGGGAUUAUGCCAUAUCACACAAGAAACUAUCUGAGCUAGGGUUUACUCCAAGUUCUGGUUCCAAGGCUACAGUGAGGGAUGGCACUAUUUUAGCACAGAGUGCUGUAGGAGUUGUUGUGGCUGCUACAGUGGUGGCACUGAGUUACUGGUAUGAAAUGCGGAAAAGGAUGAAGUAAAUUGCAGGACGACAGAUUGCAUUCUUACCUUCAUAUUCACAAUCUCGUACCCGUUAUUGAUAAAGCGUACCUUACUUUUAUGGUUUUAGCACGCUUCCCUCAAAUAAAAGCAUGUAAUAUCGACUAAAUGAAUUAAUACAAAAAAUAUAGUAAGAAAUUGGUUGUACCCAUGGAAUAUGUGUUUAUAUUUAAUACUCAUACUUUUGGAGGGGUUACUGAA